AUGACCAAAAAAAGAAGUUUGUUAAUGCGUCGUACUCGUACACUACAUUCUCCUUUAUCCAUCGACGCUUCUCAUGAUGGACAGGGCAUUCAGACAGUUCGCUCUUUAUCACACUUAAAUUCAGCCGAAUCCAUCGACCAAAUAUACAAUCAUAAUCGAUUAAAUAGGUCAUCAAGUCUGGAUACUGAAGAACGUAUUUCACGACUUGAACGGAGAAUGUCGUCAAUUCAAGAACAAAUGUCCACUGGGUUCGGGCAAAUAACGAGAAUGCUGGAGCGUUCUCUGAACUCACAAGAACGUUCACGACAAAAUAGACAAAUAGAAUAUAUUCAGGUUGAUGAUGACGAUGACGAAGAUGAACUUGAUAAACAAGACAAUGAGGAAUAUAUCCCUAAAAAAGAUCUACAUUCGUUGCAAGAAACAGCACAAAAACAAUAUAAUAAGAAGCAUCGAAAAGAAAUAAAAAACGAAAUUAAAAUUCUAAUUUGUAGCGCAAAAAUCGAUGAAAUUCCCAUCGAUUAUACGAAGAAGUUCGGCGAGAUUGCACCACAAUUGGAAAAGGAUCUGAUCCCCCGUAUCCAAUCACUUCUUGAACAAUGUGGUAUUCGUGCAACAUUAAGUAUAGUUUGGGAUAAACGGGAACGAAGGAUGAAGGGCGCAUUAGCCAUGAAGAAUCACCCCGAUUAUCGAAAAUCUUUUAAAAAAUGCGGGAUCAAGGAUAUUAAUGAAAUAUUAAACAAGAACGAAUACCACUCUCCUGAAGAGAGUGAUCCGGAGAAUGAUCCAAACGCAUCCACAGACCACAAAAACCUUUUUGUUUACAAAUUAUCAUGGAGAUCUGAUGAAUACGUGGAAAAAUAUUUUCCAGAAAAUAAGAGAGUACGUCCUCGUAUCCUUAAAGAUGAAUUUUGGAAAAAUAAGAAAGCACCACCAAAUUUAAUUUGGUGGACACUUAAAGACGAAAAGCGAGAAUCUCCCUCAGUCCAUAAAUCUAUUGACGAAGAAUCAGAUGAUGAGUCGGAAUCGGAGAGCGAAGAGGAGGAACAAAGUCAACAAAGUCAACAAAGUCAACGAA